AUGUUCAAAUUACCGAAAAACUGGCUACUUAGAUCACCUCUUCAAGCUUACAUAAGAAACUGCAGCAGUACUGCCGCCAAUUCGCCCGUAAAUGAGCAAUUAAUACUGGACAAGCUUCGAGGCAAGUUCCCCAAAGCAGCCACCAUAAGUGUCGAAGACACUUCGGGAGGUUGCGGGGCAAUGUUCAAUGUUAGUGUCGAGACACCUGACUUUCAAGGACUGUCCGUAAUGAAGCAGCACAAGUUAGUUUAUGAAACUCUCAAAGACGAAAUGACCAAAAUACAUGGGCUUCAUCUACAAACAAGAAUUUCGAAAUAA